UUUUACCGCGAGCAUCGUCUGUGUCAAACUUCAAAAAGUAAAAAAAUUCUCUAAUUUUAACUUUUUAUUCCCUGAAAAAUUACGAUUAUCAGUGUGCAGGAAUUGGAAGUCAAGGUACCCACCCCGAGCGAGAAAUAACGUUAUCGAGCUUCGUGGUCAGAUUAUUCUGAGACAACCCAAUUCUGUAAUUUGAAAAUUAUACUGAGAAAAUGCGGAGAAGAAGGGUGAUAACCACUUUCGAUGAUCUGCCGGAAGGUGUUUUGGGAGAAAUCUUCUCCCGUGUUCCUGUGAGGGAUCUUCUGCGAGCGAAGAGCGUGUGCAAAUGCUGGUUUGAUGUGAUUUCAAGCCGCUGGUUUAUUUCGAUGCAGCUAAAGCAGUCCUUCUCGGACCCGACACGCAACUAUCUUCUCCUUUUGCGCAGCUAUGAUCAACCCUCCACUGUUUUCUGUACAGUCCAGAGUCCUAAUAUCAUGGUUGAAAUGGAUGAUUUUAAGAAGUUGGGGGCUACUAGUUUUGUUGUGGGUUCAGUUAAUGGGCUAGUUUGUAUUGCUUGUAUGGGUCUAGGGAGGUGGUGUUUCCUCUGGAACCCUUCAUUAAGAGAACAUAGGUGCCUCCCAAAGGGUUCUAUAUUUGCUAGGGACACGAAAAGGGUUCAGGCAAGUCUUGGGUUCGGUCAUGAACCGAGUUCUGAUGAUUACAAGGUUGUGAGGAUACUGAACUUUCGUGCUCAAUUUGCUGAUACUGGAAUGCCAUUGACUAGGGUAGAGGUGUACUCAUACAGUUUGGAUACUUGGAAAGAAAUCGAGAUUGAUUUCCCCUUGAAAAUGACAAAGAGCAGCUGUGAUGUGAUACUGAAUGGAUUCAUUUAUUGGCUUGCUGAAAAAGGAAAUGUAAAUGAGAAGGCUUGUGUAGCAGCAUUUGACAUGCGUAGAGAGGUCUUUCAACAAAUUGUAGUGCCUGACGCGUUGAUUGUAAAAUCUCACCAUUAUAGUGUUAUGAACUUCAGAGGUUGUCUUGGAUUGCUUGUGUAUGGUUCACAUUUUGAACUCCAAAAGAGCCUAGAAGUGUGGAUGCUGGAAGAUAAAAGAAGUGGAGUUGGGGGUUGGACAAAAAAUCUCGUGGUUACGAUGGAUUUCCAACUUUCAUUUCAUUGGGGCUUGGCAAAUGGUUGCAUAGUUGUGCAAAAUACUCCAAAUGCACCAUUUUUGUAUGAUCCAGAAAGAAAAGAAAGGAAAAUAAUUGGAGUCAAUGGCAUGAUUGGAGUUCUUUACUAUGUGGAGAGUCUUGUCUCAAUCAAGAAAAGACGUACAAGGAAACGUACCAUUAAGAAGCUCACAUAGGUGAUGUUAAAAUUCAAGUAGCUGUAAUUUCGCUUUUCUCAGCACCAUAUGUACUUUUAAUUUCAGUUGUUUUAUAUGCUUGUAUUAGGUAUUCAGAUUUUGUUUUGACAUUUGAUAAGAUUUUCUUUGUGUCCUUAAAUUUUACUCAAUUCAAUCAAUAUAAAUGAUUGCCCUCAUUGAA